CGCAUGGCAUGAGAAAACACAAAAUAUCAACGGAUUUGGUGGACGCAGCGGAAAACAAGAAAGCUAAAAGCUAGGAAGCAUACAUGACACAAAGAUGCAAAAUCCAUCGUGUAUGCAGAAGACAUUGUACUUUUUUUUAAGCUAAGCUGCGAAGUAGCAGCAGAAAGUAGCUAGCAGUAGCAGCACGUGGCUGAUAGUAGCACUACCAGCAAUGCACAACAGGAAACGCAAUAGAUAGUAGCACCACGUAGCAGCAUCCCUAUCCAGCAGCUAAGCAUCGAUCUGGAUGGGAGACCCUGCUGCAGGGUGGUUGACUUGUAGCAGCCACCCGGGGCUGUGAGGCAACGUUGCAGCGGCCUUCGUGCGCAGCAGCGCUGGCCCGAGCGGAGAGCAGGGAGACUGACGAGACAGCCUGGUGAAGCUGAUUCGUCCAGCGGCACCACAACGUACGCCACGGCGGAUCUGGCUACAGGACGUCGACACCUCCCGCUCCGGCCAAGCCUGCGCAUGCCUCCAGCGAUGCGAAGAGUGCGACGACAACAAGGUCGUCCAGCUGCACCACAACGGACCGGGAGCCGGCCAGACGUAGCGGGACAGGGAGCAGGUCGCGGCGGGUGGAGUUGAUACCAGAUCGAGGCAGCAACGGCCUCCAGAUCGAGGGAGCAGCGACCGAAAUGAAUCGGGAGCCGGCCGGACGUAGCGCCAGGAGAGGAGAUCGAGCGGGGAGGCCCGCGGGGAUCGAGCGGGAUGGAGAGAUUGGAUCGGGAGGGCGAGUUGCUGCGCCCGAAAAAAAUAACCUAAGCUCUAAUACCAUGUUAGGAAAGCAACUUAUCAUUAUUGAAGGCCCAAGUGGCAUAUAUAUAUGACACAUGACUUGAGGUGUAAGGAAAGUAAACAUAGACUAAUAAGGACUCCUAGACUAAUACUAAUAGACUAAUAAGGACUCCUAGACUAAUACUAAUACUUCCUAACAAACACAACUAUCCAUGAUGGUGAAGACAAUGAGGAAAAAUACAAAUCUGAAGAUGUAGAGGGACAAGAGGUUUGUCAAGAAGAAGUUGAAGAGGUCGUAUGUGUGAUUCAGCGUCUCAUAUGUUCCACACCACAACCCGACGCCACACAACGGAAGAAAAUAUUUGAGAGCAAAUGCACGGCGAAUGGCAAGGUAUGCAAAUUAGUGAUUGAUAGUUGCAGUUGCGAGAAUCUUAUCUCCCAGAAGUUAGUGAACCAUUUAGAGCUUGAUGUUAGAUGUGUAUAGUCCCUUUGGUGUAUAUCCCCAUUGUAUCAGGGGUUUUCUUGCCUUUUACCACUUGUAUAAGUACUGGCCCUUGGCCCCUGUGAAUGUCAGUUGCUCAUUCCUAACAUGGUAUCAGAUGCUUAGGUUUUCCUCCCGCACGCUGCAGCUCCGGGCUCUCUCCCUCCACCGCCGCCAUCGUUGCUAGCUGCUCCGGUCGCUCCGGUUCCCCUUGUCUGGCUGCUCUGGCCGUUCCCUCCUCGUCGGGCUGAGCUUCUGCUUUGUGUCACCGGCUGCCUCUUUGCCUGGCCACGCCCCUGGUUACCGCAGCCCCGCCUGCCUUCGUCGGGUCCGGCCGCCUCGCGCCUGGCCUCGCCCGGCCCCGUCCGUAUGCGGUCGCCUCACGCCUGGCCCCGCCCAGCCCCGUCCGCAUCCACCGUUGCUAGCUGCGCCUCGCCCUCGCGCGGCUGCUGCUCUCGCCCUCGUCCGGCCCUCGCGCAGCUGCUGCUCUCGCGCGGCUGCUAUCCGCGACUGCCGCCGCCCCCUGCUCGUUCGGCCGCCCGCCGGCCACUCCCUGUCGGGCGGCUGCUCUUCCAUCCGCAGCUGCUGCGUGCCCCGACUGGCUGCCGUCACCGCCGCCGUUGAGCUCGAGCCCGAUCCAGAUUUGGGUUGACCAAAAAAAAGAAGAAAGUAGAGAGCUCAUCAUGUCUUCUUCGAGCUAUGUUGCUGUUCCUCGGUGCUCGGUGUCUUCGACGGCACCAACUAUGCUGAGUUUGUGGGCUUCAUGCGUAUCCACAUGCGUGGUCUUCGGCUGUGGGGCGUUCACUCUGGUGAACUCCCCUGCCCGCCAUGCCCUGUUGCUCCCGUGGCUCCUAUCCCGCCGGUGCCGCCUGUUCUGAUUGCCAAUGCUUCUCAGGCUGAUCGGGAUGCAGCCAAGUCUCUUGAUGCUGCUGCGGUCGAUGCUUAUGAUCAACAUGUGUCUGCUUAUUCAGAUGCUCUUUCUGUCUACCAGGAUGAUCUGUUUGCUUACACUCAGUGGUGCAACGAUGAUGCUCGGGCUGUUGUUGUUCUCACUGCGAGUGUCCUCCCUCAGUUUGCCUCGGAGUUCAUGGGUCUCGGCACCGUUGCAACAAUGUGGUCUUAUCUCUGUCAGCGCUAUCAGCCCUCUGGUGAUGCUCUCUACCUAUCUGUGGUGCGCCAGGAGCAUGCUCUUCAGCAAGGUGACUCUUUUGUUGAUGAGUUCUACACACAGAGUUCCGCCAUCUGGCGCCAGCUUGACUCUCUUCGGACAGCUGUGUGUGGCACUUGCCGUUGUUGCUAGACUAUGCGGUCUGACUUGGAGUUUCAGCGUGUCCAUGAGUUCUUAGCUCGCCUCCGCUCCGAGUUUGAGCCUUGGCAUGCUCACUUGCUUGCUCGAGGCCGUGUUCCUAUCACAGAGGUUCUUGCCGAGCUUCGUGCUGAGGAGACUUGCCUUCGUUCUGCUGGGUUGCUUGCGGUUCCCUCUGUGUUGGCUGUCCGAGCUCCUGUGCCAUCUGCACCGCCACUCCUGCCCACACCCGCAGGGGUCGCCCUCUUUAUACUGAGAAGGGCGGAUCGCGCCGUGAUACAGUCUUGUGGCUACUUCUCCAGGUCAGGCCACCCAGAGACUGAUUGUCGCCAGAAACAGCGAGACCAGAGGCGCUCUUCCUUCAGUGGGAGUCCUACAUCUUCCUCGACUCCGUCACUCACUGACCAGGACAUUAUCCGGCUCAAGCGCCUCCUGGCUUCUUCUGGCUCUUCAUCAACGGGUUCCGCUGUAGCUGUGACAACUCUCACCCCUUCAUCACCAUCGGCACCUACACAGUCAGGAGCUUCACACCCAAGCUCUGGUUGGUGCUGGCCCUCGGCGCCGUGAGUCGGAGGGUCUUUGGGCGGUUGACUGGCUUCAUGUUCCUUCCGCUGCCACCACUUCUGCCAGUUCUCAUGUUCUUGGUGCCUCCUCUUCUGUGACCUUCCAACAGUGGCAUCAUCGACUUGGUCACCUAUGUGGUUCUCGCUUGUCGUCGUUGGUGCGUCAGGGUGUCUUAGGGUCUGUAUCCGGAGAUGUAUCUUUACAUUGUAAUGGUUGUAGGCUUGGCAAACAGACUCAAUUACCUUAUCCUAUUAGUGAGUCUGUAUCUCAACGUCCUUUUGACUUACUUCAUUCUGAUGUAUGGGGACCUGCUCCUUUUGAUUCGAAGGUGGCCAUCGCUAUUAUGUUCUGUUUAUUGAUGAUUUCUCUCGCUA